CGUCAGCGUCGCGCGCCGUAGAGGCGCGCGGUGCUGAGCCGCGUGCGGGUCGCCGCCAUGACUUCCGCGCUGGAGAACUACAUCAACCGUACUGUUGCAGUAAUUACUUCUGAUGGAAGAAUGAUUGUGGGAACACUCAAAGGUUUUGAUCAGACCAUUAACUUGAUUUUGGAUGAAAGCCAUGAACGAGUGUUCAGUUCUUCACAAGGAGUUGAGCAAGUAGUGCUGGGAUUAUACAUUGUAAGAGGUGAUAAUGUUGCUGUCAUUGGUGAAAUUGAUGAAGAGACGGAUUCAGCUCUUGACUUGGGGAAUAUUCGAGCAGAACCCCUCAACUCAGUUGUGCACUGAAAAGAUGAAAAUGCACAGGGACUUUGUAAAUCUUUGGUUGUACAGACCUAUUUAACAACGUGGACAGUUUUUACAAAUUGUGUUUAAUUUGUUUAGACACCAAUUUUUUAUUAUGAAUAUGUUGUAGUUUUGCAUGUAAAUUAAAGUUUCUACAUUUUACUAAA